UUAUUAUUAUUAUUAUUAUUAUUAUUAUUAUUAUUAUUAUUAUUAUUAUUAUUAUUCUUGAGCCUUGGCUGUUAAAGUGGGGGCAUGCCAUUAUUAUUAUUAUUAUUAUUAUUAUUAUUAUUAUUAUUAUUAUUAUUAUUAUUAUUAUUAUUUCCCAUGCAAAUCACUUCCUUUUUGUGCUCUUUGUGCCCUUCCCAUAUGCAUUGCGCCCUUCUCAUGCGCCUUGCGCCCUUCUUAAGUGCCUUGCACACUUCUCAUGCAUAUUGCGCCCUUCGUGUGCCGUCCACCCUUCUCAUGCGCUUUGCACCCUUCUUGUGUGCCUUGCACGCUUCUCAUGCACAUUGCGCCCUUCUCAUGCUUCUUGCGCCCAUCUCAUGCGCCUUGAGCCCUUCCAGUGUGCCAUCCACCCUUCCCAUAUGCACUGCACCCUUCUCAUGCGCCUUAUUCCUUUCCCAUGCACAUUGGGCCCUUCUUAAAUGCCUUCUUAAAUUCCAUGUGCAUUGCACACUUCCCAUGCUCCUUGCCCCCUUUUGGUGUGCCUUGCACCCUUCCCAUACAUUGGGCCCUUCUUAAGUGCCUUGCGCCCUUUCCAUGUACAUUGCACCCUUCUCAUGCUCCUUGUGCCCUUCUCAUGCACACUGUACCCUUCUCAUGCUCCUUGCACCUUUCUUAAGUGCCUUGCACCCUUCCCAUAUGCAUUGCACCCUUCUCAUGCACAUUGCACCCUUCUCAUGUACAUUGUACCCUUCUCAUGUGUCUUGCACCUUUCUCAUGCAUAUUGUUCCCUUCUCAUGCACAUUGUACCCCUCUCAUGCUCCUUGUGCCCUUCUCAUAUGCACUGCACCCUUCUCAUGCACAUUGCACUCUUCUCAUGUGCUUUGCACCCUUCUUGUGUGCCUUUCACCCUUCCCAUAUGCAUUGCACCCUUCCCAUACACAUUGCGCCCUUCUCAUGCACAUUGCACACUUCUCAUGCUCCUUGUUCCCUUUUCAUAUGCACUGGACCCUUCUCAUGCACAUUGCACUCUUCUCAUGCACAUUGCACUCUUCUCAUGCGCUUUGCACACUUCUUGGGUGCCUUGCACACUUCUCAUGCGCCUUGUGCCCUUGUCAUAUGCACUGGACCCUUCUCAUGCACGUUGCACCCUUCCCAUAUGCCUUGCACCCUUUUCAUGCACACUGCACUCUUCUCAUGCACAUUGCACUCUUCUCAUGCACAUUGCACUCUUCUCAUGCUCCUUGCGCCCUUGUCAUAUGCACUGGACCCUUCUCAUGCACGUUGCACUCUUCUCAUGUGCCUUGCACCCUUCCCAUAUGCCUUGCACCCUUUUCAUGCACACUGCACUCUUCUCAUGCACAUUGCACUCUUCUCAUGCACAUUGCACUCUUCUCAUGCACAUUGCACUCUUCUCAUGCUCCUUGUUCCCUUGUCAUAUGCACUGGACCCUUCUCAUGCACGUUGCACUCUUCUCAUGCGCUUUGCACACUUCUCAUGCACAUUGCACUCUUCUCAUGCUCCUUGCGCCCUUGUCAUAUGCACUAGUCCCUUCUCAUGUGCCUUGCGCUCUUCUCAUGCGCUUUGCACUCUUCCCAUGCGCUUUGCACUCUUCUCAUGCUCCUUGCGCCCUUGUCAUAUGCACUGGACCCUUCCCAUGCGCCUUGCACUCUUCUCAUGUGUUUUGCACCCUUCUCAUGCACAUUGCGCCCUUCUCAUGCGCCUAUUUCUCUGUUUCCUUCCUUCCUUAAGCGAAGGCCACCCAGGGCGCCUUCUCUCCUCCGCAAAGCAACCGUCCUCUCAUCUCUGGAAGGAAAGUGAUGGGAAAGAGAGAGAGAGAGAGAAAAGCCGAUCGCAGUCGCCAUGGAAACAGAACGAGGACCGGCAGCCGGCUUGUUUGCAAAACAGUGGCCCUUCCUCCCUCCCUUCCAGGAGUGCUUUCCUCUCUGCAUCCAAAAAGGAACCCCCUUCGGAAUGUACAUAAUUGGGACCGAGUUAACAACAAAACCACUGGGCCAGAUCACACCAGAUUUGGCCACAAUACUCAUCACUUUCCAAGGAGUGACCUUGCAGCUUCAAAGCCUGGCUGCUUCCUACCUAGGGGACUCCAUUGUUGGCCAGCUUGAAUACCAUUGAAUAGCCUUGCAGCUUCAAAGCCUGGGGAAUCCUUGGCGGAUGAGGAAUCCUUGGAUUUUCAAGAAGCGAAUCAUCGCAAGGAUGGACUCGUCUUAGCCAACGCACGUAGAAUCGCGCCCGCCUUUGCCAUUCUGCUAUAAACAAAAAUAAAUACGAACAGCAGGCCCGGUCUGUUUAUUUAAGGAUAUUUGCUCUAUAUUUUGACUUGCCGGAGCUGACAGUUUACGUCUCCGGCACUUACCAAACCCGCGACGCCCGUGCCUUCUCUCUGUCAUUAAAUAAUUGUUGUCUCUUUUUUCGUUCGGGGGAAAAAUGUAAAUAUUUCUCUCUUUUUUGUUGUAAGAAGAAAAAACAAGAACUGAUUAAAGACUGUAAUU